AACUUUGUCAAUGCACUGACAGACGCGUGUCUCCCGCAGGUCCGGAAUGCGACCGCGGUCUUCAUCAUCAACCUGAGUGUGUCGGACCUUAUGUUCUGCUGCUUCAACCUGCCUCUGGCUUCCUCGACGUUCUGGCAGCGCGCCUGGAAACACGGCAACUUGCUAUGCGAGCUGUUCCCCCUCACGCGCUACGGCCUUGUGGCUGUCUCUCUCUUCACCGUCCUGGCGAUCACCAUCAACCGCUACGUGAUGAUCGGCCAUCCCAGGCUGUACCCCAAGUUGUACAAGAAGCAGUACUUGGGACUCAUGGUGGCUUGCACGUGGGUCUUCGGAUUCGGCGCUCUCAUUACCACGUGGUUCGGCAAGUGGGGGAGAUUUGGCCUGGACACGAGGAUUGGCUCCUGCUCCAUUCUGCCAGACUCUCACGGCCACUCUCCCAAAGAAUUCCUCUUCAUCGUCGCCUUUCUAAUCCCCUGCCUCGCCAUUGUGAUCUGCUAUGCUCGCAUCUUUUAUAUCGUCCGCAAGACGGCAUUCAAAUCGCGCCUCACGACGCGACACAAUACGGUCACAGCGAAUCAGUCGCGCAGUUCCGGUGCAGCCACCAGCAGCAACAACCCUGAUGGUAAAGUGCGUCGUGGCGAAGGUUACGAGGCUGUCACUGUAUCUGGAAGAAUUAUGAAAAAAUGUAACUUCUCUCCAGAAGACUCCGCACUCGGGUCCUCAAGCACCGGUCCAACUAUCACCAACGACAAAGGAUCGUCCUUCAUGGAGAACGGACACACGUCUCCCCCACCUUGCAACAACAACAAGUCUUCUUCAGAUAUCAGGGUUCAAAUAAUUGACAAUGUCAUCGGAUGCAGCAGCAAAUCUGACAGAAUUAUCCUGCCACCAAGUCCCAGUCUCCUCUCACCUCCAUCGCCAAUUCGCCUGAGACUUCCAUUGCAGAAGAAAGUCUUUGGCGAACCUUCCUCUUCAUCGGGCAUCGACGCAGGAGCUGCAGGUAACGAGGAAUAUGACGACGAGGAAGGUGUUUGCAGUAGUCGAAGCGGAACUCCGACGUCUCUCUGUAGCUCUUCGACGAUGGAUCCCUGUGGGACGACAUCGUCUUCGGCUCAACACAGUUUCAACCAGCGAUCGAGAGGAGUGACUUGUAAGGGUCGUCGGAAGGAGAGGGUGACAACGGCCGGAGCUGUCAACUCAGCACUGUCUCAUGUAACGAGUGCCUUCCGUGUGGGUGGUAAGAUCAAAUGCAGUACGAGUCCUCGACGACAAAGUACUUUCGCGGCUUCAUCCGGACUUGCAACUCCUGGUAAGAUGACAGCCAAAGACAAGAAACUCCUCAAGAUGAUUCUCGUAAUAUUUGCUUCGUUCGUCAUCUGCUACCUUCCCAUCACCAUCAGCAAGACCUUCAAAGACUCCAUUGACAUUCACGGGCUGAACAUAGCUGGCUACGUACUUAUCUACUUGACAACGUGCAUAAAUCCAAUAAUUUACGUGGUCAUGAGUUCCGAGUACAGACAAGCCUACAAGAAUUUGCUGAUGUGUCGGAGCUCCAGCCAGGAAGUUGCACUCCCUCAACAGCAGCCUGGUAAUGGCGCGGGAGGUGCUGGCCGGAGCGUGUCCCAGAGGGCAUGACAACGGUUGCACAGGGGCUCCAAGAAGCCAAGAGCCCCUUCGUCAGUUCACUUGGUAAAAAGAAGGUCUAAUUCGCCACCGACGACGACCUCUGGGGAGGAAAAAGACAGCAAGACGUGAUCACGGUGGCCGUACUUUUGGUACCAUUCUCUGUUAAAUUAUGGCUGCAAGUGAAGUGACUUAGAUAUGAAGAUAAAUGAAUGUUUAUUUUCUGAGAUUUUACCAAGAAGAUUUCUAUUCUUUGAAGACGAGAAAGCUGCGAUUAAAGAUGAUAUUAAUCUUUGAGUUCUUUUCUUGCAAAUGCUCUGGAACUACCAUAGACAUUUAGAAAGUUGUUUAAGGGUUCAGCAUCAACGAAAAUUAUUUGUCAGAAAGUAACUCUACUUCAGUGUCUACGUGAUUGUUACGAGGUCAAAGAUUUACAAAGCCAAAGGUUGAUAAAAACAAGUAAUUCACAUUAAAAACUUGAACCAAAUAAAGCAUGAAUACAAUUUUUGUAGAAGACUGGAGAUUUUAACUGUAGAUCCUUUAUAGAGGACGUGUACACAAAAGGAAAGGCUUGUGAUUAAUAUCCUUAUUAAUUUGUAAUAAAAACAGUUCAGAGACAUCUUGUCAAACUGCAUUCACAAACUAACCUAAAGAAUCGGUUUAGAAUUUAGUUCAUCGUAGUUAAAUUAGAACAACAACAACAACAACAACAACGCAAUUGCUGCUUUUGCUCAAAUGUCGCAGUUCUACGCAAUGGAACUUUUGCUGCAGAGAAGAAUCUAGUCUCAAAAAGUUACCAUAAUUUUAUAUAUCUAUAUAAAUUUGAUACUUUUGGACAAGCCGUGUUCGUGUCUGGUCGUUUGGUUAAAGGCGCAUCGAUGUCUUCGCUCGCCAAGACACAAUAAUCUGUUUCACAAAUGGCACGCGUCAAUGUCGAAGGCCGACAAGCAGAUUUGGUACUUGGAUGCCCCUUCAGCAAGAAAUUAAGAGGAUGCUGUACUACUAAUGAGAGCCACGGAUAUUUGUCAUCUUAUUUCUUCAA